AUGCGCUCCCGCGACUUGUUGGAUUCAUCACUGAACAUUGAACAUUAUACACCCGCCGACGACGAACGAUUGACGACUUUUACCCCUACCACGAGGCAUCCACGACAUACUGAAAGAGUCUACGCGACAAUACACGACCCGCAUUUACACAUCAAUACCAGCUCCCGGAUUCACACGCGGCAAUGGCUACGCGUACUGCCCCCCGCGGGCCUCCCGCAAAAGGUGGUCACGAACCUGCCAAACCAGACCCUUUACGUCGCGAACCUCCCCUCAGCCAAGAUCCAGAAAGACGACCUCCGCACAGCACUAUACAUGCUCUUUUCCACCUACGGACCCGUUCUCGAUGUAGUCGCUCUCAAGACCAUGAAGAUGCGCGGGCAAGCACACAUUGUCUACCGGGACAUUCAGACAGCAACACAGGCGAUGAGGUCACUUGACGGGAUGGAGUUUUUGGGCAGGCAAAUGAAAAUCACCUACGCCAAGGGCCGCUCCAACAUCAUCGCCAAACUCGACGGUACUCUCGUGCCACCCAAGGCCGCCGCCGCCGUCACCCUCACCACCGUUCAACAAAGCAUCUUCAGCGCCCCCGUACCGGGCGCCCCUACUACGAAUACCGAGAGUCCAGCACCACAAGGAUCGCCAGCCAAGCCUCCUGGGACGGAGACGACGACAUCGGCAGAGGAAGCCCGGGGAACGAAGCGGCCACGCGAGGACGAGGAAGAGGAGGAGAGCGAUUCGGAUGUUGCCAUGGAGGAGGACAGCGACGAGGAUUGA